AUGGAUUUCUCUCACCACACUGACGAUAAACAUACCCUUGCUGUCGACUUUCCUUCCGCUUUCAUGGACACCAGUCUGAAAAAUAAUGCUACAAAUAAUUUCUCUGAACAUGUCGACGCUGGAGACCACCAAGGUGUCAAUCCCGUCACUGACGACAAGAGCGACACCAAGGAUUGUGAAGACGAUGCCGACAACUUAGACGGCCUGGGCGCGGACCUGGUCACUUUCGAGACAACCAUCGAGCACGAGCGUAUCGCAGAGCUAGAAGCAAAACUCUCGACCGAGCAAGCCCUCGCCGAUGAAUCAUUCAAAAUCAUAGAGGACCUGCGUAGACGCAUAGCCGUCAAAUCCGCUACAAACACCAUGAUCGACCCGGACUUCGUAGCGGUGCUUGAUAGCCUCUUUGCUAAAGAUCGUCACCUUGUAAACGAGAACAAGCGCUUGAGGGAAGAUUUGCAGAAUGCAAAGCGGCAGGUGACGCUGCUGUCUGACGACAACGAGGGCAAGGCCAGGAAGAUCCGCGGUGCGCAUAAAAAAGCGCAGAAUGCGAGGGACAUGGCAGUCAAGGAGGAGGAGAAGGCCAAGGAAGCUGUGAACCAGCGCAACCAGAGCCUGAAGCAGCAGCAGCAGCAGCAGAAGAAAAAUAUGAACGCUUCACUUGCUGAGGUGGCGAGCCAUAAGAAGAUGGUGCAAACGCUGGAGUCGGACUUGCUCACCGCGUGGUCUGGCCAUCCUUACUUGAAGGACAAGACCGCCACGACCGAGGAUGAAAUUGCGUCAUUCUCUAUUUCGCUGAAGAUCAGGAGAAAAGAUUUCCCGCCGUUCAAGCACAUACUCGUGAACAGUCAGGCAAAAAUGACGGCUGAACUCGAGGACCAGUAUCACGAUUGGAAGGAAAGGCAGCAGUGCGUUACCGGAUAUGAGCAUGACGGACAGCGGUCUAGUCGUGGUCUGCAGGUGGUGGCACAACAUGCGAUGCAGAACCCUCGAUCGUAGUCUUCAUCGUGGGAGGGGUGCAUAAAAAGAACACUUCGUCUAGCCGGUUGAGCCCGGCGUAGCAUUUCAGGGUCAGCACUCACUAUCCUUCCCCGUCUCCACAGACGCUCUUCUUGCGGCUUUGCUCCCUCUUGCCCACCCAAAUCCAUCAACCUC